GAGAGUUGAUGGCUUGUGACGUUGGAUGGAACGGUUGGAGGGUGGGGCUUCCGAGUUAACCUGCAGAGCCGCAAUAUGUUGAAUAAUUGUUGGAUGCUCCCAAUCUCUUCAGGUCAAACUCGCGUUGCCAAGGGAAGUGAGUGCAGGACGUCCAGCUCAACUCUGGCCUAUCUAUGGCUAGCAGCUUUCCAGAAGACAACCAUUUCAUCGCAGGCAGAUAGAGCCCAUGGCAUUCGCUAAGAUAAACAUAUACUAGCGUGAAUCGAACCCAUUGGGUACCGUAGCUUAGUCUUUUAGCAAGAAAAUAAAUCAAUGAAUGAUUACGGGUAUCGGUAUACCCAUUAGUUUCCUUGCUACCGUAUAGGUGGGGUUGGUAAACCGCCACUGCGCAGUAGGUAAGGCCCAAUUUCCCAUCUUUUUCCUUGAGAAGAGCUAUCGUAGGCAAGAAGAGGGCAAUGUGCUACCUGCGGGUACUGUGGCUGGUACUGGUGGUACAGUACCGUAGCUAGAUCUGCAGCUCCGAGACAGUGCCGUUUAGCCAACGAGAUGCGAGCAAAGGCUUUGUCAAAAUCGAGCGGCAUGUUGUGACUCGACUGAGGACUCAACAAGCUCAAUGACCCUGUUGUCAGGCCCGCUUGCACAAAAAAAGUCGAGGAUCUGGGAGGCAUCUCAUCAUUGAGUCGAGUACAAGACAGACGUCUGUAACCAACAGACAGCAGGACCAUCCUAUCGUCCGUCCAAAAGACUGAAAGAAGGCAUCCGUCUUAUCUCCUACUACUUGGCUGUGCGUUUUGUUCCGUUUCAAGAGCUAAAAAGCUAGAGACAGAUAGAUACCCCUACUAGCUAGAGGACCGCUACUGUCUGAUUAGCUCUUUGUCGUCUCAACAACACCCACAGUCAGUCAGUCGGUCGGUCAGUCGAUCACUCAGUCGAUCAAGACGAGGAACGGAACAACCUUUCUUGCCACUGCUGUCGGCAAUCUAGUUCAUUCAAGUCUAGGUGUGAAAGAGAGUGGGUAUCAUCUCAUCUCAUCUCAUUCAUUGUGCGAGAUACAGCCAUAGAUCAAGCAAGGAUUAAGCUGCCGUCACCAUGAAGAAGGCAUCCAAGGGCGGCCGUGAUGGCAAACGAAGCGACAAAGGACACCACAAGUCGAAACAACGUGAUGAUGAUUACGGAGGAGGCCACGGCAGCAGCAAGGGCCGAAGCGGCAAGUCAUCAGGCCGUCAUAGCAAACAGGAAGAGGAAACUGCAUCCGAUGAAAGCUCUGCCUUUUCCGAUUCCAGUGAGGACCUAGGUGAUGGAUUCAGCUCUAGUAGUGAAGAGUUUGAUGAUACAUCUUCCAGUGAGGACGAGUUUGAUGACAUGGGCUCCGACAAGCAAGGAGCCAUUGAUGAUGGUGAGCCACCGUCGUUGGAUCGCCAAGUACGGCGUAUCAAGAACGUACGCUUUAGGGAUUAUUAUGACAUUAGCGGAAAGCUAGGGGAUGGUGACUUUUCCAAAGUAUUUCUGGGUAUUCAUCGAUCGUCCGGCCAAGACUAUGCCAUCAAACAAGUACCGCGCAGCAAAAUGGUAUGGGAGAAACACAACAUUUUUGAAGAUGAAAUUGCCAACCUCAAAUAUGUUCGGGAAGGGCCUAGCAUUAUGCAACUCUACGAUGUUUACGAAGAAGCCGAAUUCUCCUACCUCGUACUCGAAUUCAUGAGAGGAGGCGAACUCUUUGAUCGGAUUAUGGACAUGCCAGACUUUACCGAGAAAGAUGCCAGAGAUUGUACCAGAUGCAUCUUGGAAGCCCUAUGCUAUAUGCACGAACGGAGAAUUGCCCACCGUGACUUGAAACCAGAGAACCUUCUUCUCGUUUCCGAUGAAGAUGCACGUCUUAUCAUCAAGGUGGCUGACUUUGGAUUUGCCAAGAGGUGCGCCAGUGUCAACUGUUGUCGAACACUUUGUGGCACACCCGGAUACAUGGCACCCGAAAUACUGGAACUCUAUCCUGCCUACGACUGCCCCAGUGACAUUUGGAGUGUUGGGUGUGUCCUAUUCUUGCUGCUGGGUAGCUACUUCCCAUUCGAUGAUGAAGAUACAACCGAAGAUCAAGUCUUUGAACGAACGAGGAAUGGAACCUACAACUUUUAUCCCGAGUUCUGGUCCAACAUCAGCAAGGGCGCCAAGGACUUGGUCAGUAUGCUUCUCACAGUCAACCCCAACAAGAGAAUAUCCGCCGGUGCAGCUUUGGAUCACGAGUGGAUCAACAUGAGAGACAGUGCUUUGGACAAGAGGGAGCUGAACAUUGAGAAGCUUCAAGAGAGUGUAAUCUUCGCUCGUGAUCGACAAGAUGAGCAAAGCAGAAGGAUGCAUGGGGAUGACAAUCGUCUCACUCUUUUACGGGAGCAGUUCGAUAGUUACAUCAACGGGACAGGAAAGAACAAGACAAGAGUGACAAGCAAUCAGCACAGAAAGGAAAAGCCAGUUGAAAAGUUUGUAGAAGAUAGUGUUACUGGCAGACCGUUUGAUGAUUUCUACGAUGUCGGCGAAAUGCUUGGUGAGGGAGGGUACGCUUGUGUCUUUCAAGCGACGCACAAGACUCGUGGAGUCACCUAUGCAGUGAAAGACGUAGACUUGACCAUGUUGGAGGAAGGAGGCGAGGCCACUUUGAAAGAUGAAAUCUGGGCAUUGAAGCUUCUUCGUGGAGGUCCGCACAUCGUUCGGCUGUACGAUGUGUUUGAAGAGCCUGAUCAUGUCUACCUCGUCAUGGAAGAAAUGAAGGGUGGUGACUUGCUGACUCGAAUCGGAGACAAAGAAGUGUACACAGAGAGAGAAGCACGGCGAGUCUGCCGCAUCAUUUUCCAGGCCAUGGAUUACAUCCACAAGAAGAAGAUCGCCCAUCGUGAUAUCAAACCUGAAAACGUGCUCCUAGUGGAACAAGGCGACGAUACCUCCAUUAAGAUUGCCGACUUUGGUUUUGCUAAGAAAGUACCUCGGCCGAACUGCCUGCGGACGUUGUGUGGAACUGCUCAGUACGUUGCGCCAGAAGUUCUGGAGCUCAAGGACACGGGUUACGACACAAGGGCAGAUAUGUGGAGUGUUGGUGUAGUUGUGUAUAUCCUUCUGGGAGGUUAUGCCCCGUUCGAAGGACCAGUUGACUUGCUGGCCCAGGCUAUUAUCAGCGGAGAGUACGAAUUUCACGAGAAGUAUUGGGACGAAAUUUCAACCGACGCGAAAGACAUGAUCAGCAACCUUCUCCAGGUUGAUCCAGAGAUCCGUCUUACAGCAGACGACGCGCUGCAAAGCCCGUGGAUGAUACUCGAGGACGAAGCCCUCAACACGAAGGAUUUAUCCGGAGCUCAGAGAGCACUGAAAACCAAGGCACAGGAGCCUGGCACAUCAGGACAGCCGGUUGCGGGAAUGGGAGGAAAGAUGGGCUCGCUGGGAGCCGCGUUCACAACAUCUCUGGUCAACUUUAUCGACAUCGAAACACGGCAGAAGCUCACAACAAAUGCGCAACCAUUCGCUGCUAUUGCCGAAGAAGAGGAACAAACAAUCAUCGAAGACUCCUCCAGUGGAAAGCCCUUCGAAUCCCUGUACAAAUGGGGCAGAGAAAUUGGAUCGGGACAGUACACCGUUGUCAAUGAAGCGAAGCAUCGGCAGUCUCGCGAUAUCUACGCUGUCAAGCGUGUUGCCAGAACCGAUCUGGGUCCAAAUGAUGCUGUUGCACUGCAAGAUGAAAUCACCGCCUUGCAAAUGGUUUCCGGAUCUCCUCAUAUUGUAAUGUUGCAUGACGUCUUUGAGGAGCCUGACUAUACUUUCCUCGUUCUUGGAUGCAUGCGAGGAGGCGACCUUAUCGAGAGAAUCACACAUAAACACAGCUACUCGGAACCUGAGGCCAGAAUUGUCUGCAAGCAAAUGCUAUUGGGUGUGGAGCACAUGCACAACAAACGUAUCGCCAACCGUAACUUGAAGCCGGAAAAUAUCCUUUUGACCCGUGGAAACAGCGACACCGAUGUUAAGAUCAGUGAUUUCGGUUUCGCCAAGCGUGUCUUGUACCCAUACUCUUUGCGGACGCAGUGCGGAACUGAGGGCUAUGUUGCCCCCGAAGUCCUUGAGCACAGACCAGCUUAUGACGUACAGUGCGACAUGUGGAGUCUGGGUGUGGUUCUGUAUAUCAUGUUGGGUGGGUACCGUCCGUUCAGGGGUGAGCCUCGGGAAAUGAUCAAACAAAUCCGAUACGGAGAAUACAAGUUCCACAAGAGGUACUGGAAAGACAUUUCAGACGAUGUGAAGCAUCUCAUUACGAGGAUGUUGACGGUGAACCCGGCACUGAGAAUAACAGCGACCCUUGCCCUCCAAAGCGACUGGAUUCUAAACGAAGAAGAAGAUUUGGAGGAUGACGACGAUUAUAGCGAAGAAGAGGAGUAAUCUUGUAAAAUUUUCUAUUUC